AUGGCGCCUCGCGAGGGCGGGACACGAAAGACGGCUCCAAGUCGCGAUCAGGGUAAUAGGGAUAGCAUUAAUUCGAGAGAGACGGCCCACCUCGACGUGACAACACCGUCAAGCACUCCAGAUCCCACCGCAAGGAGACAAUCCCCUUUCGAGAUAUCGGAGCCCGCCGAGCCUCAGACAAGAACUUGUAAAAACGCUCAGCCGCACGAGUCUUCAAACGAAGACACACCGCGCUCUGCAACCCCCAGUGCAGGCUCUAAUGCUGACCACAACGAACUCCAGCUGGUAGCCCGCAUCCAGUCCGCCAUCGAAUACGCCCAGUCGCCAGAGCCUCAUGCUCUCGCAUCUCACAACCAAUUCAACAUCGCUGUAACCGACCCUCCAUCCGCGCCUCUUCGUCUCCUCCGCAAAUGCACCAUCGCCACGCUGAUCUCCAGCAGCCCCACAAACGAGUGGUGGGCUGGCCUGUCUCCCGCCGAGAUCCGCGCCGGCCCCGUACGCGACGACGAGGAUGUCAAGCGGGCAGAGCACGAGGUGAAGUCCAAAGCUGAGCGGCGGAGAAACAGCUUGAAAACGAAAAACGGAGUGUUGAAACUGCAGAAGGAGUACAUGCGCGAGAGCUUGCGAAGGCAGACCCUGCACCUGCCGAUGGAGGGAGCAAUUUCGCGCAAGGCAGAAGAGGAGGCGAUGGAGAAGUACGGCCAGGAAUGGGAGAAUUUGCUGGGAGAGCUGGAUGAAGAAGAAGACGAUAGCAUCGGCGCUGGCGAACGGGGCGCUGUGGAUGGUAUGGAUGGUGAAGCUGAGACGGAGCACAUUGAUCUGGAUGGUGAAGGUGAGUCCGGAUACACCGAGUGGCUGAUGACAUGA